ACCCGGAAGAGGCUCGGCCCGAGACUACGGCGGAACCCACUCAGAGACCUGUCAGAACAGAAAAAAAAUAAUCUUAACGUUCAGGCACACGCACUCGCAUGCUAGUUCUCCAAAGGUUAUUAAAAGUAUUCCCAACAUGUCUGCAAGCGCAGACCUCCAAGAUAUAGACGGAGCCGAGCUGCUCGGGCUCCUCUUCCAAGACGACGACGGCAUCACUGGCCCUUUCUUCCCCGAUGGGAAAGAACUAAUCGAAGACUGGCUCUCUGUGCAGGAGAUGCUGACAGACAUGGACACUGAGGAUUUCCUUUCCAGCCUGCUGGAGGGAAACAACCCCAUGCCCACCGCUCUCGGCCCGUCCCACUCCCCCCAGGGAAGUGACAGCGGCAUCUCUGACGACAGCAGCACCAUCGGUUGUGGCAACGGGAUGGGAAACAACCUUCUGACGUGCCCUAGCCCACAGGACAGCGACGGAGACCCCGUGCCCAGUCCCAGUUACUCCCAGCCCAGCCCUGUGUACUCUGACAGCACCCUGCCACCUCCAGAGAACCAGGUGGAGAACCCAGAGUCCCUGACCGUGCACACGGAUCACUGCUACUCCCUUGCUCAAGGCAGCGAGGGGGAUCUGGAUGCCCUGCAGAGCGUGAGGGCAGAGAAGCCAGACAUGGAUGUUUUCAUUGAUUUGGAUGACUUUGAGGGAGAGGCUAUGGAUCAGGACUUGACAGAUGAACUGCCGUAUACCCUGUCCAUGGAGGACUCACCCCUUGAUUCAACUGGGUUUGACCAGGACGACGAGUUUCAGUUCAAGGACAUUGUGCUCACUGAAGAGGAGAAACGGCUGUUGGCAAAAGAGGGGGCGACCAUUCCCUCACAUAUGCCUCUCACAAAGGCAGAGGAAAGGACUUUGAAGAGGGUGAGGAGGAAGAUCCGUAACAAGCAGUCUGCUCAGGAGAGCCGCAAGAAGAAGAAGGUCUACGUUGACGGCCUUGAGAACAGAGUGGCCGUCUGCACAGCACACAAUCUGGAGCUCCAGAAGAAGGUCCACCUGCUGCAGAAACAAAACAUAUCGCUGAUAGAGCAGCUGAAGAAGCUGCAGGGUAUCAUGAAGCUGUCCACCAUGAAGACCAGCACCACAAGCACGUGUAUAAUGGUAUUUGUGCUCUCCUUCUGCCUCAUCAUCUUUCCCUCUGUCAAUCCGUUCGGUGGCCGCACAGGACAGAAAGAGCUUUACACACCCUCCUCUGUCAUGUCCAGGACCCUCCGCUCCCUGCCGGCCGACGUCGCCGACCCCGCCAGCUACGAGGUGGAGCAGGACGAGGAGGAGGCGCAGCUCCUCCUCAUGCCGGCAGCGGAGGUGGAUAACGCCAAGGCCAUCUUCGCCGGCGGUCAGAAGAACCACACGCCCGACUACCAGCGGGUGGAGCGCUCCGAGUCGGAGGCGGGCGUCAACAGCAACUCCUCCGCCGACUUCCCGGAGAACGCCCAGUCGGCCGCGGACUCCGCGGCCGGCGCCAGCGGGGCCGGCGGCGGAACGGGGGGCUUACCGGACGGCGCGGUCGACGGGGCGGUGGCGUCCGCCGGUGCGUACGACGUGGCGGGCUCCAAGGAGGGCUGGAUGGAGCGGAACCCCACCACGGUGAUACUGCAGCAGCACCGGUCGGAUGAGAUGUGAGCGUGGAAGACGCCAGUGUGGAAUAUACCCUGAUGUUGGCGGGCUUG